GCCGUCCCCAGCCGGGCGCCCGGCGAGGCUUCGCUCUGCAGGGGUCUGCCGCGGCACCUCUUUCGGAUAUAAGCGGUGGACGACUUGUUGCGGUGUGGGAUAUGUUUUGAUUACUUCAAUAUUGCAAUGAUCAUUCCACAGUGCUCACAUAACUAUUGUUCCCUUUGUAUACGCAAGUUUUUGUCCUACAAAACUCAGUGUCCAACAUGCUGUGUGGCAGUCUCGGAAUCUGACCUGAAAAAUAACCGGACUUUAGAUGAACUAGUUAAAAGCUUUAAUUCUGCAAGACAACAGCUGUUCCAGUUGGUCGUGGAUACUCCAGUGAUUUCUUCUCCAUUGGCCUGUAGCAGACGUUUAACUGGCAAAAGCCAUGUUAGGAGUCCUGUGGCUUGGCCAGUUUUAAAAGAAGAGGUACCAGUGAUUGACAGUUUUUUGAGAAAGGAGAAUGUUCGCACCCUGACAAGGACAGAUGGACUUGCUGGAACAGAUUGGAAGGUCUGCAAAACUGAGAACCACCAUAACCUUUGUAGCAGUUCUCCAGAGGCUUGUGGUAAAGACAAUGAAGUGGGAUCAGGAAAGAGUCCUGAAUGUGCCAAAAAUCAUGAAGAACCUUCUACAUCUGUGGCAAAAUUAGUUAAGAAAGUGGAUUGUCCUGUUUGUGGGGUUGCUAUUCCAGAGCAAUAUAUAAACAAACAUCUAGAUAGCUGCUUGACAAGAGAAGAGAAGAAGGACAGCCUCAGAAGUUCUGGUCACAAAAGGAAGCCUAUGUCCAAAGUAGUUUACAACUUACUUUCUGAUCGUGAUUUGAAGAAGAAACUAAAGGAGCAUGGACUGUCUACCCAUGGAACCCGGCAGCAGCUCAUUAAAAGGCACCAAGAAUUUGUACACAUGUAUAAUGCUCAGUGUGAUUCUCUCAAUCCCAAAUCGGUUGCAGAGAUUGUUAAAGAGCUGGAAAAGAAUGAGAAGAUUCGGGUUCAGCUUGAAUUUAAUAAACCUGGUGAAAAUAGCUUGACCUUUACAAAAGACCAGACAGAGAAAGAAAUAGAUGAGAUCCAUGCUGAUUAUCGGAACAAACACAAAAGUGAAUUUCAAUUUUUAGUGGAUCAGGUAAAUAAUCGGUGGAAGAAAAGUGGUAAGAGGAAAGCAGAAAGUGCUCAAAACAGGGAAGAAGCUGCUGCUGAAGAGCUGCCCGCGGACACAGGAGAAGAUAUUCAAAAGCAACACACAGAUUUAGCUAUUGGAACAGUCCAGAUACCCAAAACAGAAAUUCCUGAUUGCAAAAGAAGUGAAUGUAAUUCCCUGAAGGAAGGCCAGAGAUCAGUCUCUCCUGCAUUCUCACAGUCAUCAGGAUCAACAAGCAGCUCUAGUUCAGACAUUUUGAGAGACCUGCAAGGGACUGAGAUGUAUUCAGAGUCAUCUGAUAAAGCAAAAACAAGGAAAAGAGUCUCACCUGAGAAACAGACGUCAUCAGGGAGAGUACAUUUUUCUGUAUUUAAGCAGUAUUCCAGAUCUGAGAGUUAAGAAAAGGAAGCUACGUCAGUCCAGAAUGCCAGAAAAUGAUCAACCGCUUCCUAAGAGUAGGCGGAAGAAGAGCUAGUGUCGCAGUGGUGUGAAGUUUAGAAUGGUGCAGAAGGCUUAAAGCUGCGAAAUACUUCUUAUUUGUUCCCUAUUUUUUCCGGUGUAUCUGGGCACUUAAUAAAGCGCCGAAACUUUGCACAGUUGUCAUUCAAACUGCCUUAAAAUAACUGGAUUAGUGCACUGACAUGUUUUGUUUACAGCACUAUGGGCCAUUUAAUUUUAAGAUUGGGCAUAACAUAUUGGAAUUCUGUAGAGGCAUUUAGUUACCUGUUUUCCCUUUGUGUCUGCACCGCAGCUGAAGGAAAUGAUUCCCCGCUUUGUCACUGUUCCUGCUCGUAUCAUGCCGGAGCUCGCUCUGCUUGUGCGGGUGAAUUGUGGGCGAGUGCUUUGCCUGGUGGGGUGGAUGGGCUCGUCCUGGCGGCGGCCCUGCCCCGCGUGCUGGGGGGCGAGCGCAGCACCUUGGGCUGAGACCAGCCGGGGCCUGCUGUUCACCUCUGCAAAACUGCUCAUAAUAGCUAAGAGGAAACAUGCUGGCAUGUUGUUUUGAGACAAUUGUCCCGAUGAAAUAUAGUAGAAAUCCAGGGAAAUUCUUCCUUUUGUCAUCACUUUCUGAUCUGGCGGUUGGGUUCUGCCAAGGUAUCUAGUUUCCAAAUUCAAUUUGGAAGCCUGAUUUCCUACAGAUUUCAACGGGAAGUUAGCUGCAUAAAUACUUCUGAGGCUCUGACUGUAUGUGACUGAAAACCCUUUUUUGAAGUGGUAAGUGUGUGUCUGAGGAGUGAUAUGUUUAUUUGAUUCAGAGUAAUUUGACUUUUGCAAGUGGAAUAAAUCAUAUUUCAAAUUAUUUCAGUUCUACAGAAAUAUGCUGGUUUUGGAUAUGUUCUUGUAAACUUAUUCAUUAGUAUGUGAAAGAAAAUAAAUAGACUCCUGUUUUAGGGGGAAGAAUAAAUUUGAAAGAGAAUAAAUAUUGACUUCCAUUUUUUAGGUCUAUAGCAUAGUCCACAGCAAUUAAUACUAGACGCUUGUAUUUCAUGUGGCUAGCCAGAGAAUAAAAUAUUUCUGUGUGUAGCGGUCAGUAUGUCUGAACUUUAUUGUGAGUAAGGUAGUUUACAUCAGCUGUUGAGCAUCUUCCUUUGGAGGCUUUUAUUGAUGUGCUUUGCAUUUCAUUUUCUUUACUAAGGUAGUAAUAGUCACUGUCAUAUGCAGAAAAUAGCCUCAGAAAACUUUAUAAGUAUUAAUGGACUUAAAAAAUGAGAUCUAACUAUAAGUAGGAAUGUGAAUAUACCUUUAAUAAAAUUUGAAGAGGCACUGUUUUUUGCCCUAAGUCUUGCUCAGUUGAUUUGCCUCCAGUUGUGCUUAUGCGAAGCUCAAUCGGAUGAAAUGCUAGUGUAAUCACAAAUGUAGGCACUGUGGAAUGUAAGACCGAGAACCCUCGACACAAAUUACUCAUCGCAUAAUGACCAACUCAGAUUACCACUUCCAAUUUGACCUUUACUAUCUGCUGCUAACUAUAUAAGGGCUUUAACUCUGCUGAAUCAGCAGGGAAAUUUAGGAUGCUAUGAUACUUUAUUAACUGAGAGCUUUCUUUUUUAUAAUCAGUGAAUGGAUUAUGAAUAUAACUUUAUCAAUAGCAGAUACUUUUUGCUUAGCUUUGGAACCAGAUGCCACUUGCAAAGUUAAACUUGUAGUUAAUGGCGAUAAAUGCUGAUGUCAGUGAUAUGAAAAUAUAUUUCAAUAGCCAAUGAGAAUAAAUAGUCUAAUGUAUUAAGUAAGUAAGGGCUAGGAUAUACUUAGAAAAAUCAAUACAGAAGGUGAAUAAAAAAAGGCAUAAAAUGUCAAGUGAUGAAAGGGCUAGUGCAAGGCCUUGUGAACUUUUUCCCAGGAUGGUUGGAGGCUGGCUGCUGAAAUUUGUCAUUUCCAUUUGCGAAGCCAUGAAGAAUGGGUGAAGCAUUAGAAAUCUACAGAAGAUAAUUAGAAUGUCUGUGGUUAAAAAGCAAAAAGGUUUUAGAAAAUUUUAGUGGUAUUAGCUUAACAUCAGUUACUUAA